CGUUACGAUCAUUACCUUAUUUUGAUCUUGGCUGGAGAUAUAUGAAGGGACUAGUCCUCAGUGCAAAAGCAGCAGCCACCACUGGCUACAUCUACUGCCUCUACCACACCGUAUCUCAGCAUGUCAUUUCCUUCAUCCUGCUAGAGGGUGACUCCAUGCAGCCGGCCCUCAAUAAUGGCCAGACUAGGGAGGUUGUACUUGUGGAGGCUCUCUCUGUCCAAAGACAGAGUCUGGAGAGGAAUGACGUUGUGAUUGCUAAGCAACCCGACAAUCCCAGCUCCCUCAUCUGCAAGAGACUGUCGGCUCUGGAGGGAGACAGAGUAUCAUCCGUGGGAGGAAGGCGUAAAUCAAAAUUAGUCCCCACAGGGCAUGUUUGGUUGCUAGGUGACAACAGGAAGACGUCUUAUGACUCGAGGCACUUUGGUAGCCUUCCUUACGGCCUCAUUGAGGGGAGAGUGAUAUUUAGGGUUUGGCCACCGUCGCAGUUUGGACCAAUCACAAACUAACUAGCUAUGUUGUGUAUGUAGCUACAAUCAUUCAUGUCUCGUUUCUGUUUAUAAUUAAUUAUGUCGUGAUUAUGCAACAAUUCCAAUUCAUGAUUUACUUUUAUGAUAAAAAAUGUGACUGAUGGAAA